AUGGAGGGCCAGACCUCGAACCCCCCGGGCAACUCCAGCGACUUUGUACGCAAGCUGUACAAGAUGCUGGAGGAUCCCUCCUAUGCCUCGAUUGUUCGCUGGGGUGACGAUGGGGAUAGUUUUGUGGUCCUAGAGUGCGAGAAAUUCACCAAAACCAUCCUCCCCAAACACUUCAAGCACAGCAACUUUGCCAGUUUCGUCCGUCAGCUCAACAAGUACGACUUCCACAAGGUCCGGCAGAACAACGAGGAAAAUGGCCAGUCGCCAUACGGGCAGAAUGCAUGGGAAUUUAAGCAUCCUGAGUUUCGGAUGAAUAACAAGGAAUCGCUCGACAACAUUCGGCGAAAGGCGCCGGCCCCGCGCAAACAAGCCCAGAACAACGACGACUUGGUCCCCACCCAGCAGAUCGACUUGUUGAACCAGCAGAUCGUGGCUCAGCAGCAGCAGAUUCAGCAUCUGUCCGACCGAUAUGCGCAGCUGACGGUGGACCAUCAACUCAUGUUGCAGGAGGUGAUGCGGGUGCAAAAAACGGUCUUGAACCAUGAGAACGUAAUCCACCAGGUCAUGACCUACUUGCUCUCGGUGGAUGCGCGCCAGCGACGGGAUAGCAAGGCCGUCACCUUCCAAAGUCAGGGCGGCUCUACGAUGAGUCCGUCGCAGGUCGGGGCCGUGGAUGACGAGCCCUCGUCACCUCUCCAGCAAGCCUCCAAGCUUUUGAACGACAUGAACGCUGAGAUCCAAUUCAACCUCCCUGGCAUGGACUCGAUGAACGACCCUCAAAAGGCGGCGCCUCCACCCACCGUGGUUUCGACCCCGACGAUGGAUGCGGCUGCGCGGAAUGGGGCCGUUCGUCCCCCCACCACGGCAGCCCCCACCCCAGCGCUCGUAUACCCGAAAAUGGGUGGCGAGCUUGAGCCCGUGGUUUACCCGGUAGGUGCCACGAAUGGCAUCGAUCCCAUGUACAGCGAGCACGUCAAUAAUGUGCCCUAUCCCAUGCCGGCCAAGCCCGAGAUCGAAUCCUCCGACGCUCGACGGCAGUACCCAGACAACCGGAAAAAGAGCACGAAUGUUGACCCCGGGUGGAUGCGCAGCCCUCAGAUUCUCCUGGUUGAGGACGAUGCGACGUGUCGGCAGAUUGGUGGCAAAUUCCUUUACUCUUUCUCCUGUGUGAUUGACACGGCGUUCGAUGGUCUGGAAGCCGUGAACAAAAUCCAGGGUGGUUCCAAGUACGAUCUGAUUCUGAUGGACAUCAUUAUGCCCAAUUUGGAUGGUGUAUCGGCGUGUCAUCUCAUCCGCCAGUUCGACCGAACCCCGAUUAUUGCCAUGACCUCCAACAUCCGCAGUGAUGACAUUCAACUCUAUUUCCAGCAUGGAAUGGACGAUGUUCUUCCCAAACCCUUCACCCGCAAGAGCCUUCUCGACAUGCUUGAGAAGCACCUGGUACAUCUCAAGGCCAUGUCCCAAGGCAUGGAGGCGCCGCCGGCGGGUGCCGCUGUGACCAUGGCCGCUCAGACGUCGGCAACUCAGUCGAUCAAAGAAGACAGCUCUCCGGGCCAAUCCCCCGCGGGGUCCAUGAGUAACUGGCAAUCGCCCGGGCAGUUUCAAAACAUGCAAGCGGUCCAACCGACUAUGCCCCCAGUCCAAGGGCAAUACGUUGCCGCCGCUCCCGCCGCAUACACUGUCGAUCAGAAUGGCGUUCAGUACCCAGCAGCAACGCCAGUCGCCGUUCCUGCCGCCGGGACGCCUGUGCGCCCACCGCAUCGACGACAGAUGUCAGACAUGUCCGGUGCCGCCGAGAAUCCCAACAUGGCCAAACGACAGCGCAUGUACCCCCAGCCGCAACCCAUGAUGGCUGUGCAAGCAGGACGGCCUGGGUAA